CCCCCGUUGCUAGGGAAGUGAGGUCACGCAGCAUGGCGGCCGGGAGCCCCAGCGGCUGAGGGGCCGGCCCUGCGGGGAAUCCGCGUCCAUCCUUCCCGGGAGCUGCGGCCGGGGCGCUGCCUGUCGCGCUAGGAGCGAGCGGCGGGACCUACGCCGCGAUGGCGCCAGGAGCCGCGGGGCUGUGAGGCGGCGGAGCAACGGAAGCGGGUCGCGGACUGAACCGAGCUGCCGCCAUGGAGCUGAGGGUUGGGAACCGGUACCGGCUGGGCCGGAAGAUCGGGAGCGGCUCCUUCGGCGACAUCUACCUGGGAACUGAUAUUGCUGCUGGAGAGGAGGUUGCCAUUAAGUUGGAAUGUGUGAAAACCAAACAUCCUCAGCUCCACAUCGAGAGUAAAAUCUACAAAAUGAUGCAGGGUGGAGUGGGUAUUCCCACAAUUAAGUGGUGUGGAGCUGAAGGGGACUAUAACGUAAUGGUGAUGGAGCUGUUGGGACCGAGCCUGGAAGAUCUCUUUAAUUUUUGUUCAAGGAAAUUUAGUCUCAAGACAGUCCUACUACUCGCUGACCAAAUGAUUAGUCGAAUUGAAUAUAUUCACUCUAAGAACUUCAUCCACCGAGACGUGAAGCCAGAUAACUUCUUGAUGGGCCUGGGGAAGAAAGGAAAUCUUGUCUACAUAAUAGACUUUGGAUUAGCAAAGAAGUAUCGAGAUGCUCGAACUCACCAACAUAUUCCAUAUCGUGAAAAUAAAAACUUAACGGGCACUGCCCGUUACGCAUCCAUCAACACUCAUCUUGGAAUUGAGCAAUCUCGCAGAGAUGACUUGGAGUCCUUGGGCUAUGUACUGAUGUAUUUUAACCUGGGCUCCCUCCCCUGGCAGGGACUGAAAGCAGCAACAAAGAGGCAGAAAUACGAACGUAUCAGUGAAAAGAAAAUGUCUACACCCAUUGAGGUUUUGUGUAAAGGAUAUCCUUCUGAAUUUGCCACAUACUUGAAUUUCUGCCGUUCUUUGCGUUUUGAUGACAAACCGGACUAUUCCUAUCUAAGGCAAUUAUUCAGAAACCUUUUCCACCGACAAGGGUUCUCGUAUGACUAUGUGUUUGACUGGAACAUGCUGAAAUUUGGUGCAAGCAGAGCAGCUGAAGAUGCUGAACGUGAAAGGCGAGAACGAGAGGAAAGAUUGAGACAUACACGAAAUCCAGCUGUGCGUGGAUUGCCCUCCACUGCUUCCGGCAGGCUGAGAGGAACGCAAGAUGUAGCUCCUCCUACUCCUCUUACCCCAACUUCACAUGCUGCCAACACCUCCCCUCGGCCAGUAUCUGGUAUGGAACGAGAAAGGAAAGUGAGUAUGAGAUUGCAUCGCGGUGCCCCAGUCAAUAUCUCGUCAUCUGACUUAACAGGCCGACAAGAUACCUCUCGCAUGUCAACUUCGCAGGGUAUUCACACAGACUUGUCCUAAGUAGUGUGUGGCCUGGCUUUGUACACCUUACCUUCAGUCUUACCUACGGAAUGGGGAGUCACCUGUACUGUAGGCAUACUGCAGCAUUACUGGGAGAGCAGUCUGUUGCGAGGACUGGUGCAGUCGCCUAGGGGUUUUUCCAUCGCGCCUCAACGCUGUGCUGGAGUUCUAACUGCAUAAUUUUUGCCGUGGACUCAUAUUAUUCCUCGUUGACGGAGCAUAUUGAUAAAAAUUAACUCAGUUCCUUUUGGCUUCAUCAUUUAAUUGGCAGAAUUAAUUAUUUUGGAUAGUACGUGUUCUUAUAUAUAAAACCUUACUGCCAGAGGGAACGCUCUUUUAGAUGGAGGCCAGGUGGGUAUCUCUAAUGAAGACUGAGAGUGAACUGGAUUGGAGAAACAAUUCUGCUGUAACAAAAGUGAAGUGGGGUUUUUUGGGUUGGUUUUCAGCUGAAUGAAUUGUUUCACCAUGUAGCUGCACACAUGUUUAUGCUUGCACAAGGGAUGAACAGUUCGGGAGCAGAAAUGACUGGACGAGAAUAGAAGGCAGGUCAGGUUUUCUGUAUCAGGUUUGGUGGCAAUUUUUGCCAGCUUAAAUUGUUCACUCUACUACAAUUCUUGCCACCAGAAAUUCUCACAUUGAAAUACUGUAUGGCUGAAGUUUGUAAACAGUGUGAAAACAAAGAUGGUAGAACUGCACUUAGUUAUGGAUCUUGUAAAUAUGCAUAAAUACCUGAUAGAAGGGCAUAAAGAAGGUGCAGCCAGACUCGUGGUGAUAUCCAGUGAACGGGCAACGGACAGUGGGCACAAAUUGAAAUACAAGAAAUUCCAUUUAGACUUAAGAAAAAGCUUUUUUACUCUGAGGGUGAACAGGGACUGGAACAGGUUGCCCUAAGAGCUUAUGGAGUGUCCCUCUUCUGAAUUAAUUGGAACCCAGUUGGACAUUGUCCUGAGCAGCCUGCUCUUGUUGACUGUGCUUCGGGUAGUGGGAUUGGACUAGAUGAUCUCCGAGGGUCCCCUCUGACCUCAGCUGUUCUGUGAGGCCGUGACGCCGAGUUCCCCCAAACAUUUACUCAAAUGUAAAGAUGAUUUCUUGGUAAAGUGUGCGUGCCCAGGGUUUGUCUCUGUCAUUCUGAGCAAAUCUCAGGUGCUUUGUCUCAGUUACCAGUCAGCUAAAUAAUUAACGGGAGGAACAGAAAUAAAAGCAGCAAUGUUACUUGACUAUGUUAGGAGAGAGUGUAUCUUUCUAUUUUUCUGCUGUAUUACUGACACGUAGCUCAGUGUGCACGUGACACUUUUCUAAACGGUGUAUGGUACGAGUAAUCCAGGUGGGUUUGCAGACACAUUUUGGUUCUGCCUGACUUGUAAAAUGGGAAUACUCCGAGAUUGUGUAGGCCCGUGGGGUUUUUUGAGUAAUCUUUGAAUAUCCAGAUGCGUGAUUUGUGCAGUGGGCCAACAGUGCAAUGGCUUAAUGGCACAUUUCCGUGCUUGCCCUUUUUAACACCCUGCUCCAAGUAUGGCAUCACUCGGUCGACUUCUUUACAAUCCCAAGAGCAGCCUAGUCAGGAUCUUCUCCAAGUUUGUUAGAAUUAAUCCUUCAUCAUCUGUUGUCAUCGCUGAGUUCUUACCAAGGCAGUGAAGCACUGCUGGUCUCCACUCAUGGUGACUGAGUAACUGUGUGACUGUAGCAUUAUUUAAACAGCUUCCCGUGGGCCUCUUGGCUUUGGAAGGCAAGAGAGAUUUACUUAGACUUUGCUUUACAGCACUUCCCCUUGAGCUCAUUAGAGAAAAUUGGCUUUUCGUUUCUUAGUUCUCGCUUACUCCGUAGCAGGCAAGGUGGCUCAAGCUGCAGGUUUUCAUAGCUUACGCGCUUACGGUCCCCAUAAUGUUAAAGUAGUUCUUCCAUAUCAAAAUUUAUCGUUAGAUGUUAACCAGGUUACCAGUUAAAGCCAUGGGUUCCCCAUUACCAUUAUACCUUGUUCUUAGUCAGGAAAACCUGAGGCACCCAACUCACACGCAAGGUUAUUAAGGAGAAUUUUGAUUGGCUCAGUGUAAGAAUAUAGAAAAUCAUCCAUACCACUUCUUGUCAGGAGAACAGUAAAGAACAGCAACUGUUUGUCUGUGCCCAUUCCAAGGGUGUUACUUUCCUUUGUGAGUCUCAAGUAAAUAUGCUGCCACUGUUCCUUUACCAGGAAGUGCUUAGGCCAUGCUCCUGGUAGAAAGCAGCUUUGUUUGCUGUGCAGAUCUACAGAUGUCUUACGUUAAGAAUUAUAUUUGUUAGAGUUGUUAUUUAUAACUUGAUAAAUUAGGUUUGUUAUUUUAUUUUAUUUGGAUGCCUUGGUUUGGUAAGGCAACACUGCACCUGUAAUCUCCACCCCCCAUCAUCUGGAGGAAGGGCCACUGCUUGUUAAACUCUGGGCAAUGGAAAUGUGCAGAGGUUACCCAAAGAAAUAAUGAAAGCUACUUACCUAGAAGUAGAGUUCUUAAAGAUGACUCCACAUUUUUAUCUUUGUUUUUUCCAAAAUGUGUUCUGAUCAGUUCGGAUGGAAACUGAAAACUAAGGCUGGGAAUGUAGGUAAUACAAACCAAAAUUCUCAUGUGGAAAAUAGGUCUUCUCAGAGAAAUUUGACACUCAUGGAAAAAUGAUAAUUGCUAGGAUAGCAAAAUAGGUGUCAUGUAUAUUCCCCACCUCCAAGGCAUUGUCCACAUAGUAAGUAAAUCAAUCUCAUUGGAAGGACUAGCACUUUGUAACGCUAAGUAACAAGUGUUAUUGGAGUAACAACAAGCACGGAACGGUUUGUGAAACUUAAGUGUUUGUAAGGAAAUUACAUAAAUUCUGUGACACACAUUAUUCGGUACGUGAUUAUAUGGGAGUGAAUGCAGCUGCUAAAAACCCGCAAGUUGUGAGAUGUUUGAUAGUGAUAAACAUCAGUGAGAGCUGAGCAGUCAGGUGAAGCCUGUUCAAAUAAAAUGUGUAUUACCACAGUACUCCAAAACCUGGUGAGGAGGCUUUAGGUGCAGUGUGGGAGAGGUUAGUGUGAUGUCAUCACGAAAGGGAGUAAUUUCGUCCUUGAAUCUAUGUAUGAUACAGCAAUAAAUGGGGAGGUUAUUUCAUGUCAUUAAUGAGACAGAUGCUGGAAUGUUAUGCUUAGUUCAGUUCUCAGUAUCUUAAAUUGUUGGAAAACUAUAAGUAACAGAAAGAAGAGCCAUAAAAAUUGAACUUGGGAAAACAGAUUGUACAAUCCAAGAAUUUCAAAUCGGCAUCUUUCAGUUUGUCUGAAAGGUAAGAGAUCAUCUUGAGUUAGUUGGUGUGGUACUUUAGAGACAAUGAUUUUAACAGGAACUGAUGUUUAUGCAGAAAACAUGUGAAGAACCUAUUGCUUAAAAUAAAAACCACUCGCAUUUAAAGAAAAGAGAAGCAGAGGUCUAAGCGAAGGCAGUUAGGCACUGAAACAACUUCUAAAAGUAGAUCAUCUGCCCCUUUGCAUCAAAACUGUAUUCAUUUCUAGGUGGUGUAUUCAGGUCUAAAGCAAGCCUAAAUUACAGGUCUGUGCAAUGAAGAGUGUGAUCUGUGCUGGACAGAAAAUCGUACCAGCUAUUAAGAGAUCCUUCUGUUCCUAAGCUCUGUCAGUGAGGUGUGCGCUCAGUCUCCUUUACCCAGUUAGUCUUUAAAUGUUAAGAAACAGUAAAGGAAGUCAUGAGCAUUCUAGUAAAUACUACUUUGAAUCGGUUCUGCCGGCCCACAUUGCACAGACUGCAUCCCGAAAGCAGUGAUGAUCUCAAGAGUCUAGUUGGGGGUGAGUAGCCUUCAUUUCCUUUCACAGAAGGUUCGAUCCGACUGCUCACGGUUUACAGUAAGUUGUUUAAUUUUUUUUCUGAAUUAGCAUGUUCAGCACCCAACAGUCAAAGCUGUGCGUAAUUCCUCCUGGUAAUAGAGGUAUUCUCUCUGUAGUUGGAAGAAAAGAUUGGAAUGCUGCCCAAAGAAAUAUUUGAUUAAGUUGCUCUGACAGGAGAAGUUUUUAGAAGACUGGAGCCAACACUGGCAUUGAACAGCUUAAGUGUUACGCCGCUUCUCUGGGGAAAAAGCAACAUACUUCCAAUGCCUCUGCAUUUUCCAUCUCCUCAUGAGCAAAUCUUUCUCCAUAUAUCCAUCUUAAUAGGCAUCGUACUCCGCGCUGUUCUUCUGACCCUGUCAGCUUUCUUUGAGGAAUAAUGAUUUGUUCCUUUUACGUAUCUCUUAAUAUGAUAGAAAUGUCUUAUAGAAGUCUGAAAUCAGAGCUCCUCAAAAGAUACAUUUGCUACUGCAAGUUUAGGUUGGAUAUUUGUUAGACAUCUUUAUAUAUUGGGGCAGUGGAACUGUUACAAAUUGCUGUCUUUUCCCCUACCUCAGAAUAGCAUUCCUUUCGAACACCAUGGCAAGUAGCUGCUCGUCUCCUUUCGUUGGAAGGCAGCACUGG